AUGCCGGGCCAGAUUGUGAGUAUACCGUUCAUCUCGCAGAUCGAGGAUAUGGAUAAAUAUCUGCUUGAGUAUCGUGCGCUGAAGAGUAUGCCUGCGGGCGCUGGGUUUGGCCAGGGCGGGACUUUCCGUCAAGGAAACCGGGGCCCAGUGGGUGGCCGUAAACGGGCUGGGGGAUACGAAAAACGCUUCCAGGUGGGAGCUGGGAAGUACGGGGGGCAGCCACUGGCGGGUGGACUGCAGCAGGGAUAUCCUGCCGCAACUUACCCUCAGGUAUUCUACGGAGGAAAGCUUGGUAGCGGCGGAAGCAGCGGGUCGCUGCCGCUGAUGGCGCAGCAGGCGUCGGCGCAGGCAUUCCUCGCAUCAAGCUCUUCCUCGGGUUCGACGUCACCGCCGCGGCUGCAGUCCACAAUAAGCGGUAGUUCAACGAUUAACUCACUCGGCAGCGACUUCGGAGAAUACCCCUCUAUGGUGAAUGAGCUCAGUAAACAGUAUGACUCUAUCGGUUUCGGGCAGGGUUCUGGUGGAAGCCCCGGUGUGAGCAACUUUAACAUUGGCUCACCGUUCACUCAAUCGAGCACACCACUCGUUUCGACGGCGGCAACAAAUGGCGAAUUCAUGCAUGCGCUGCCUUCCUCGCUCCUGGGCGAUACGUCGGUAAACAGCAAUAUUUCAUUGCUAGCAGGCACUAGGUCCCUUUCAACGUCGGUAUUUCUGUCGAAUCAGUACCCAUCUUCCUCCAGCCAGUCCGCCUUCACCAUGCUACCUGGUAGCAGCUCUACUUGGGGUACAUCGCAGACCGUUGCUACAGGCACAACGGGCGCCAAUCAGUCGAACUCUUCGAGCACUUCUGGUUCUCUCCGUAUCUGGAAUAAUGACAUGAGCGUUUGGGGAUAG